ACGUAGGACGCCACCCAUCGGCUGAAAAAUAGAACAUUGUAAGAACAAAGAUGGCGGCUACCAGUGAUUUUAGUUCCGCAAAGAUGAGUAGAUUGCAGAUCUGUCUGUGUCUUGUAGGAUUUCUUGACUUCCUGGGAGUUGGUAUGUUGAUUCCACAUAUCACCAAUUAUUUAUCGAGUCUUGGGGCAACGCCAGGAGUUAUAGGAGCUGUCAUGUCUGUUUAUGGUGUUCUGCAGUUCUUCUCAGGUCCUAUGGUAGGUCGCUGCAGUGAUCUAUUUGGCCGGCAUCUUGUGCUAUUCUGGUGUCUUCUGUUGACGGGUAUUUCCUAUGGAUUGAUGGGGCUGACAAAUAGUGUUGCAAUGGUAGCAUUGACAAGGAUACCACUAGGUAUAGUCAAGCAAACACAAUCUCUUGCCAAAUCGUAUUUGGCUGACAUCACUCCUAAAAAUCAGCGUGCAGCGAUAUUCGGCCGCUACAAUGCCAUCAGCACUGCAGGCUUCAUCGUUGGGCCCGUCAUUGGCGGUUAUAUCGCAGAGGACUCUGCUGAUUUUAAUAAAGUGUGCUCCCUCACGUUCAUUACAUUCAUGGUAAAUGUAGGGCUUGUAUUCUUCUUUGUGUCAGCAUCUCCUAAAGAACAUGUUACACGAACACCAUCCGUUGAAAAGUUUACUUCCGAUGAUUACAGCAUUAAAGUAAAAAAUUUCUUUGCAACAUUCAAGAAAAUAGCGAAGACACAACCUGACUUGUUUGCAAUACGCUUCUUGUCAGGAUUGAGUAUGAUGCUGUUCAGGAGUAAUUUCACUUUAUUACUUGAACAAAGAUUUGAAACAACGCCAAAAAUCAACGGCUGGAUCAUCUCUUAUGGAAGCCUAAUCAGCACGCUGUCUGGAAUGAUGGUCGGUCGCGUUGUUUUUUAUUACAAAGAUAUAGCACGUUUACUACGACAUUCAUCAACUGGAACAACUAUUGCGCUUAUUUGCAUGACACUAUCUCCAUCGCUGACAUGGUUUGUCGUGUUCUCAACAUGUUUAUCAGUAUUUAACGCUAUUGCCAGAGUGUGUGCGGUUGAUAUCGGUAUACAACGUGGUGGUCUAUCAGAUACAGGGUCGCUUCUAGGGCUUACGCAAUCUGUGAUGUCGGUGUCACGUGCCAUGGCACCAUUACUGAGUGGCAUGGCGAUGGAGUAUAGUACUUACUGUCCAAGUAUCAUUGCAACGAUUCUAGCUGCUUCCGGGAUAGCAUUACAGGUGGCUUAUCCUCAGCACUAUCACCUAUCUGAAAAUGGAAAAAAGAAAGAUAAUUGAACUUGAAGAGGUAUAUGAUUCAUUCCACAACAGUGUUAUUCACUUUAUAGUUAUUUAUAUCUGUCUUCUAUCAGAGCUUUCAUAUAAAUUUUAAUAAUUUUAUAAUCUAUAAAUAUAUUUUUGAAUCCUAAUUAAGUUUCCAGGAUGUAGUGUGGCUAUAAAAAGUACAUUAAAAUAUAUUCGAUUCUUAUCCAACGGUGAGUUUCUAACCAAUUAGAAAGAGAUCCAACGGUGAGUUUCUAACCAAUUAGAAAGAGUGUGAUGCUCUUUAAAAUACAUAUGAGGCUUACCAUCCUUAAACCAGCAUACAUACAGUAAUUACAGUAGCAUAAGAAUGUGACAGUAUUGUAUACAGUACUUUAUACUUUGAAACCUUGGUACAGUAUUCAUGACUUUUUAACUAAAUUCCUAUCAUUUUUAAGCUUAUAAUGUGGAGAAUAUCAAUAAAAAUUGAGUUGUUGUUUUGGUCACUGGCAUGGCAAACCCCAUAUGAUACUUAAAAAAGUAAAUCUUGUAAAUCUUUAAUUGCUUUGUAUUUAUCAGCUAAAUUAGCUUCCAAAUAAUUUGAAUUGGAAAAGAAAUUUAUUGGAUGUUUAAGUUAUAACAUUACUAUGAUCUUUGGAUACCUUUGUAUUUCUGCCAGCAAUUUUUAAGUAUUUUUGUAGUAAAAUUCUGUAAAUCAUUAAAAUACUGAUUUCUUUUUAUCUGUAACUUAUUGGAGUAACAUAUGUGAUUCUUUUUUAAGUGAAAAAUCUUUCUUUUUUUCAAAGUUUUUUUCUAUUUUUUUUGGUGGCAGUAUAUCUUAUAUUUCUACACAUUUAUAAAUUUAAGUUACAAUUAUUGAUAAUUCACUUUUUGAUUUGAAUAACAAUAUUUACAUUCUAUUUUGAAACUAAUUAUUAAUUUGAACUUUUUUCAGGACUAAUUUUUUGAAGCUUAAUUUGAAGAUUAUUUUAUGUAGUUGUGUUAAAAUAUGCCUCUGGAUAUGAAGUACUGUACUGCAACACAUGGAAUAAUAAUGUUGACGAUUGUAUCUAUUUUAAUGAAAGUAUUGUAAAUUGAGAUUUCUAUGGAAUAAUAAUGUUGAAAAAGUAUUGUACCUAUUUUGAUGACAGCAUUGUGGAAUUAUGAGAUGGAUAUUGAAUAAUAAUUUUGAUAUUGUGUCUAGUGUGAUGCAAGUAUUGCGAAAAUAACUAUAUAGUUGUGGCGAAUGAUUACAAAUAAUAAUGGUAUGAGAAAUUGACGAAAGUAAUGUAUAAUGAUAUUGUGCUCUCUGAAAGGAACAUUUUCUUCUAUUUUUAUGAUAAAAUUUUUGCGAGAAGAAUUUAGAAUGCACUAAUAUAAUAUAGUUUUUGAGUAAAACAUGGUAAUAGGAAUAAAUGUUUUGACUGAAAAUUAUAUAAUACAUUAAUGACAUAAAUGUUAAUAGGUUUUAUAAAAAUCAUUUGUCACUUAA